AUGCCGUCGCUACCGUCGCUACCGAGCCAAUCCCGCCUGUCGCGCGAGGUGGACUUGACGUCCGUGCACUCUGUUGUCCGACGAACGAUGGUCUUCAUCCGAGAGCAGUACAUCGAGAGCGGCAGCGGCGACUACGACGGCGACAAGAGUCAACUGCAGCUUCCCGCCUUCCUGUCCAUGCACAAAUCCGACCGUGGCACAACCGUGAAAGGUGUUGACGGUGAAGACAGGGUCGGGACGAGCACUGCCACGACUGCUUCGAUAUGCUCGUCGACCUCUUCCACGUGA